GCACAAGUCUUUUAUCAGGAGCAGCCGACGAUGGACAAUUCAUACGUCCGAGAUGGCAGCGGCUCAGUAACUGAUAUUCUACCACAUACUCCAGGCGCGUCGUCACCGAUCGCAACAGCGUCGGGCCGCACAAGUGCAUUGUCGACUCGAAUAACAAGUGUCCUCUCGACUUCUUAUGCAGACCUUGAUUUGCGAGAUGCACUGGAGACAUUAGACAUUCGCGGCUUUACCAAUACACAAGACUCAAGGCGUAACUUGCGGCUUGACUUGCAGCAAGAAGUCAUUCAAUGCAAUGGCGAGAUUAUAAAGGCUUUUGGCCAGGUGGCAGAGCAACUGAGACGCAUUGGCUCUGUAAUAGAGAGCUUGAAUAAACGAUGCGCUGAUAUGCGAGCACAUAUAUCGGCUUCGAAAGAAGAAGUCGGCUUGGUCGUUGCCGAGGGAAAUGAGAUUUUAGCGCAGAAGUCUCAGAUCGAAACCAAGCAGCAGAUACUACAAGCUUUCAAAACGCACUUCGUGAUUUCAGAUGAUGAAGUCGCGUCUCUGACUUCCUCUUCAGAGCCCGUUAACGAUGAAUUCUUCCGCGUCAUGGCGAAAGUGAAGAAAAUAAACCAGGAUUCAGAAGUGCUUCUCGGCACGGAAAAUGAGAAGCUCGGACUCGAGAUACUGGACCAAAGCUCGAAGCAGCUCAACGCGGCAUACCAAAAGCUGUACCGCUGGAUCCAGAAAGAUUUUAAGACUCUUGACCUUGAGAAUCCACAAAUCAGCUCCUCUAUCAGGAGGUCGCUUCGCGUGCUCGCAGAGCGCCCAGCACUAUUCCAAAGUUGCAUGGACUUUUUUGCUGAAGCUAGAGAACAUAAUCUGUCAGAUUCAUUCCACGCAGCGCUAACUGGCGGGCCUGGUGCGGACACAUAUGGAAAACCGAUUGAAUUUCAUGCUCAUGAUCCGCUACGCUAUGUUGGGGAUAUGCUAGCCUGGGCCCAUUCUGCAGCAGUAUCAGAGCGCGAGGCACUCGAGGUUCUCUUCAUCGCCGAGGGCGAUGAGCUUGCAAAGGGGAUUAAGGCAGGUAUUGACGCAGAUCCAUGGAGCAGGCGUGAUGUGGGGGAGCAGGAGGAGGUCUAUGACGGCCGAAAUGCUCUUAACGAGCUCGUCAAUAGAGAUCUUGCUGGCGUAGCUCGACUUUUGAGACAGCGAACGGAGCAGGUAAUCUCAAGUCACGAGGAUGCAACGCUGGCUUACAAGAUCGCAAAUUUGAUAUCCUUCUACCGUAAUACAUUCGAAAAACUUAUUGGCGUUGGCUCUACCUUUCUGGAAACACUUGAUACCUUGGAGAGUUCUGCACAGCGGCAAUUCAGAGCAAACAUGCGCGAUCAUGUUGCCUCCAUUCAAGCCGAGCUCUCCGUAACUCCUACCAACGCCUCACCUCCGGAUUUCUUGCACGAGUGUUUUGAGACAUUGCGUGCUCUAAUGAAAUCCUAUGAUACAUCCUACGCUGCCUCAAAAGUUGGUGAAGAGGCAUUUCAACUGGUGCUGCAAGAGGCGCUAGAUCCAUUUCUCAAAGCCUGCGAGAGCUUGAGUAAGCGCAUGUCUCCACCAUUGAGCGAUAUGUUCAUGGUAAAUUGCAUCCUCCAAGCUAAGAUGACGUUGGCUCCAUACUCUUUUGUGGCAUCCAAACAGGCGGAGCUUGACAAGAUUCUGGACCAAUGCUCGAAAAAUCUCAUAGAGAUACAGUACGAAUUCUUCGUGGAUAAUUCAGGCCUAGAGCCCAUAUUCGACGCAAUAUUCUCGCUGGCAGAUUCGAAAGAAGACCUUGCUAAGAUACCCGGCCUGGAGGUAUUCCAGCCUUCGGCGUUGAUGGCGGCAAGCCAACAAUUAGAUGAAUUUCUACCGAGCGCCUUGAUGGAUGCCAUGGAUCAUUUGAAGCAAUUGGAAAGCCCUGUAACGGUUAGAAAUAUCACGGAAGCUGCUGCAGAGAAAUUCUGUGCUGAUUUCGAGAUUGUGGAGAGCAAACUGAUUGCGGCAGAUAAGCUUGAAGAGGGCAGAGAUGGGAAAGAGAAUGAGCCUGAGUAUGAAAAACCACGGCUCAGAGAUCUGUUUCCUAGGACAAGUGAUGAGAUUAGAGUGUUGCUUAGUUGAAUGUCUGCCAUUGGAAAAGAGCUUUGGCUUUGCCCAAAAAUAAGAUCAUCUCAACCCGCAUUCCGUAGGUAUAAGAGAUAUGAGUUUUUGUUACUUCUCGCUUCACGCUCAACUGAGGUAGAAAAACGAAGGCUGAAAAGUUAGUUGGACGUGUUGAUAUUUGAUCACAUGACGAUGAAAUCUUGACGAUGUUAUGCAGGCACAAUGCCUGAGAGACCGUCU